AAUGCUUACCAGCUCCAUAGCUGCCAUACAUGCCAUCGCACUGGCCGCCUGGUGCGGCCAUAAUACUGUGGGUUUAGACGUGAUUCCAGUCUUUGCCAUCACCGAAGCCGCAGCCCUACUUCCUGUCCCCAUGAAGCUAUGAUCGAUGACAAUGAGGAAUAUCUCGCGCCCCUCCCGGUCAGUGUUCUACAUAUGGGUAUUUGUGACUAUAUGCGGAACGGUAGCAUGCAUGGCGACACUAAAGUCUGGACCUUACCCAUGGACAGGCUCCGAGCCUUCUCAGCGUGUUUCACAUUGUGAAAUUUCUCUUCUAAUCCGGAGGGCGCAGCCCCAUAAUCUUUGUCUGGGUUCAAGACUAAAUGGCGCUCUAUUCUAUACGACUUCUCCGGAUGGGUUUGCGCUCUUGGAGCUUUCUUCACCCCUAUCGGCUUACUACUCAGCAGGACAGUCCCCUUAGAGAGAUACAGUGCUCCAUCCUACGAUCUACCAGAACCCUGGCUACGCCGGCGUAUUGCAAAUAGGGCCAUAAGCACCGAUGUUUUGAUAGCUAUAGGGUGUAUUGGUGGCACGAUUAGCAUUAUUGUGCUCACUAAAGCAUGACGUGUCCAGAUCACGUCCCUGUUGGAGAAGACAUUACGGCUGUUAUUACAGUAGCCACUGGAAUGCUUAUUUCCGUGGCCCAUGAUCAUUGUCGAACGCUGACAGUCAAACCACGAUACUGGGCAUAGAGCACCCAGAUUAUGAAGGAGACAUAUAUUCAAAGCUUGAGAACUGCGAUGGCCCUCUCGAUUGAGUAUUUUAUUAAUAUGUUCAGUCCAUUUUAGUUAGAUUUGUUUUCGGGUUACUAGUACACUUGACAUCGUUUGGGAUAUUUUCAGUUCACAUAUAUAGCAUCUG